AUGGGCCUUAUUACAGUUUGUUUACACACAUUAAUUAGUACAAUCCUAAUGUGUAUUUUAUCUAUUGCCGUAGCAUUUCUUGGUAUACUGAAAUGGUCUGAUGUUAUUUUACAAUUUAUCAUGAAAUCAUUACUAUUACCAAUAUUAAAACAAGUCAAUAGUUAUGCUGAUGAAACUACCAUUCAAAGGUUGAUAGAUCAUAUGCGCUUAGCAACAGAUCAUCUAACAUUGGCAGUUUUUAUUGUUACCGUAUUUCUUUUGAUAAUUUUGUGUUUUGGGAUGAUUGGAAUUUGUUUUCGUAGCAAGGUUAUUAUUUUCGUCUACAUCCUUCUAUUAGCACUUUCUAUUGUAUUACUAUCAGUUUGGCUGAUAACAGAAUCUUCUGACCCAGAAAUAAUAAACAUUCCUAUUAAAAACCAACUGAAGUUAUUAAUUAAUAAUUAUCAUUCUGUGGGGUCUAAUGAAGCGGAUAGUGUGAUUUUAGCAACUUUAAUGCCUUUGCUUUCUUGUUGUGGUUUCUAUAAUGGUGUAGAUUUUGAAAAAUCACGAUUUGUUCGUAAUGAAUUUUAUCAAAAUAUAAAAUAUGAAGAUAUUCAAUAUCCAAUCACAUGUUGUCAAUUGGAUUCAACAUUCUCUUUAAGAGAUUAUACAUGUCCAAAUCACUUUACAGAAUCAAACAGCUUUUUCCAAAUUGGUUGUUGGAACAAAUUAAAUGACUUAAUUCUACUUAUUCGACAUGCUAUGAUAUUAGUUAUAGUUGGUAUGAUUGGAAUAUUGUUUCUUCUUUCAGGAUUUUCAUCAUUAGAAAUAAUUCCACGUAAAACAACAUUUGUCUAUCCAUAA